AUGAAAAUUGCAGUAGAAGGUUGCAUGCAUGGUGACCUCGACAAUGUCUACAGGACCCUCCAACACAUAGAAAGAAUUCACGACACCAAAAUCGACCUCCUCCUCUGCUGCGGAGACUUUCAGGCCGUCAGGAAUGAACACGAUUUGAAGAGCUUAAAGGCGUCUCCAAAACACAGGAAGAUGAACUCCUUUUGGAAGUACUAUUCCGGCGAGGCCAUCGCUCCCUAUCCCACCAUAUUCAUCGGCGGCAACCACGAAGCCUCUAACUAUCUCUGGGAACUCUACUACGGAGGUUGGGCCGCACCAAAUAUAUACUUCUUAGGGUUUGCUGGGGUCGUCAAGUUCGGAAACCUUCGCAUUGGUGGCCUCUCUGGUAUUUAUAAAUCGCGAGAUCACUAUAGUUCAGGACACUAUGAGAGGCCUCCUUAUAAUGAACAUACCAUCAAGUCUGUAUAUCAUGUUCGCGAGUAUGACGUACACAAACUCAUGCAGGUUGAGGAACCGAUCGAUAUUUUUCUUUCACAUGAUUGGCCUGUAAACAUCACUGAUCAUGGAGACUUGAAGCAACUCCUUCAAAAGAAACCAUUUUUUACGAAGGAGGUUCGGGAGAAAAAGCUGGGAAGUGAUGCUGCUGCUUACUUGCUAGAGAAACUGAAACCACCCUAUUGGUUUUCAGCUCAUCUGCACUGCAAAUUUGCAGCUCGUGUUCAACACGGUGGGGAAGGUGGUCCGGUGACGAAUUUUCUUGCUCUUGAUAAGUGUGGUGAACAUAGGGACUUUCUGCAGGUUAUUGAUGUUGAAUCAGGGCCAGGGCCUUAUGAGAUUCAAUAUGAUGAGGAAUGGCUCGAAAUAACUAGACGGUUUAACCCUGCUUUCCCUCUCACCAUCGCAAGUGCGAAUUUCAGUAAUGUGUAUCUUGACAAGGAAGCUUGUCGAAACUGGGUGAGGAGUAAGCUACAAGCAAGAGGAGCCAGACCUUUUGAAUUCUGCCAGACAGCUCCAUCUCAUAAUCCCUCUAAGAAAUCUGAUUACUCAAGUGGUGCCUUUCCUGUAUGUCCUAGGAAUCCUCAAACAGAAUCUUUGUUGCAGUUUCUGGAACUUCCUUACCUUCUUGAUAACAUGUCAGAAUCUUUGGAUGCAACAAGAAAUUCUUUUCCAUCUAGCCAUGGUUAUAAUAACCCUGAAGAGAUUUUCAUUGAUGAUGCGGAUGAGUUACAAUAA